AAUGGAGGCGCAAUAUGAAAGGUUGGACUCGGUUCACGUGCGGUAUUAAAGCCAAUUAUGAAAUUCUGAACACGUGUCCAUUAGAAAGAAACCGAGCCGAGUUAUUGUUGGACGUGAAACCUAUGCUUCACUGCAGCCGGUCUUUGGUGAUUACGCUUUGUGAACUGGGCGGAUUUUAGGACCCACGGGUGGAUUCCUGUUCGAAUAAUAAAAGUUGUUGGAAUCCGUGCGCUGCCGACGUGCAAAAGCAGCCGGACUGAGUCUAUGUGCUUGUGGGCCAGCCCCGGUGCUGCUCUGAUCCUCUCCGAACGCUUCACGCUGCUGCGGCGGCGCAGCAGCAGACAGCUCAGCGUAGCGACCCCUCCGCCGCUUCACCAAUAUAUGUAGGCUAUACAGACGCAGGGAAAGGGGGAUCGUGGGCUGCUGUGUCCGCGUUUUCCGGAAGAGGGUAUGAAGCAUGGGACACAUCUCAUGUCAGCAGCUGAUCCUGCCACACACCUAACACAGAAGCCCGUCUGAUCAUCUGCUCAUCUGAACAGAAGUACGGAACAUCCUAACGGGACAUCCCUCCGGUGGAGAGCUUAAAAGCAGCCCGUUUGGGGUCAGCUGAGGACCACAGGCUAGCCCAGGUCACAUUGAUGCUGGUGGGUGCUCAUUGGUACUCUUGCAUCACAUCCACCCCCAUUGGAUGCAAUGGCAAUGAGUAGUGACCCUGGCUGUGAGAGGCUGGACCCCAACUCUCCCAAACAGACUAGUAGUCUCACAGACAUCAUGGCUGCCAUGACGACAAAAGACCCCGAAGGCUCAUCUGCCAAUGGCAUGAAGAACAGCAAGACUCAGCAAGAUGACAGGCAGGGCAAGAGGGUCCAGGUGAUGCGACCUCACCUGUCUGGGAGGAAACUGUCCCUUCAGGAGAGGGGCACCUAUCUGUCAGCAGGGUCUGAGGUAGCUUACACGCACAUUUCCCCUCGUGGGGCUCGAAGGCCCACAGUGGAGUCGAAACGGGUGUCCAUAUCAGACUCUCAGGAUUGUAUCCAGCUGAACCAGUAUAAACUGAAGAGUGAGAUUGGAAAGGGUUCCUAUGGAGUGGUCAAGCUCGCCUACAAUGAAGAUGACGACAAACAUUAUGCCAUGAAGGUGUUAUCCAAGAAGAGGCUAAUGAAGCAAUGUGGUUUCCCACGUCGCCCUCCUCCAAGAGGACCUAAGGCAGCCCAAGGAGAGCAGCCUAAAGUCUUAGGACCCUUGGAAAGAGUUUACCAAGAAAUUGCCAUCCUUAAAAAACUGGACCAUGUCAACAUUGUCAAACUGGUGGAGGUACUGGACGAUCCAUCAGAAGACAACCUUUACAUGGUGUUUGAGCUGAUGCGUAAGGGUCCAGUAAUGGAGGUGCCCACAGACACUCCUUUUUCAGAAGAGCAAGCUCGCCUGUACUUCAGAGACAUCAUCCUGGGCAUCGAGUACUUGCACUACCAGAAGAUCAUCCACAGGGACAUCAAGCCGUCUAACUUGUUACUAGGAGACGACGGGCAUGUGAAGAUAGCCGACUUUGGAGUGAGCAACCAGUUCGAGGGCAAUGAUGCUUUGCUGUCCAGUACUGCAGGGACUCCUGCUUUCAUGGCCCCGGAGACUCUGUCUGAGAAGUGCAAGAGCUUCAGCGGGAAAGCACUGGACGUGUGGGCCAUGGGAAUCACCCUGUACUGCUUCGUGUUUGGAAAGUGCCCGUUUAUUGACGAGUACAUAUUGGCUUUGCACAAUAAGAUAAAGACCAAGCCUGUGGAUUUCCCAGAAAGACCAAAUAUCAGUGAAGAGCUACAGACUCUAAUCUUGCGCAUGUUGGAUAAGAACCCAGACAACAGGAUAACAAUUCCUGAGAUCAAGAUGGACCAGUGGGUGGCCCAGGGAGGCACUGACCCCCUGCCUUUGGAGGAGGAGCACUGCUCCAUGGUGGAGGUGACCGAGGAGGACAUCCAGAACUCUGUGAAGUUUGUCCCCAGCCUCUCUGCUGUGAUCUUGGUGAAAGCGAUGCUGAGGAAGCGCUCGUUCAGUAACCCCUUUGAGUGCCCGAGCAGGCGAGAGGAGAGAUCCAUGUCUGCACCUGGCAGCCUGCUAAUGGACUCGUGGCCCUUCCGGCCCUCUUUAAAACUGCAUCCUUCACGCAGAAAGAGCAGCGCAGGGGAUGGACCCAGAGAAGGAGAGCUGGAAGACCUGCACGAAGACGAGCCUUUCUCUUGAGGUUUUAUAGGCUCCAGUGGAAAGCAGAGCCUCACUGCUUCAUGUUCUUUUUGCUUUAACCACUGUGCACUCAUGCCUUCACCCAGCAUUCAGCUCAAAUCAGUGCCACAGUAAAAAUGGCAUUCUGUUCAUAAACAAAUCAUUAAAUGUGAAAUAUUGCUUGCAUUGGCAAAAGGUUGCUUCGGCUUCUUGUUGACCUCAGAAAACCCUUCCUUUCUACUGUUCUUUCUGGAUUUCUGAGCUCAACAGCUAACAGACAAGACUGGUACCAGUGACCCACUGAGAGCAACGCUCUGGGUCAUUACCUUUUCAGAUUAAUGUUGCAGAAAAAGAUUUGCUUGUCCACUUGGUUUGCACACUAAAGUUGAAAAAGAAAUCUUUCUUUUUUAUUUCCAUGCAUGCAGCCAUGUGUAAAUCUAUUCAAAAGUUUUCCCACUGACUUCAGCAUGUUAAUGACACUGGAUCGUCUCUUCAGUGAAUUACAGGGCUUCUAACUGCUGAUCCCAGACCAGUCUUUUUAUAUUAGAGGUAUCUUUGGGCUGAUCCUGUGUUACUGUCGCAGCCCUUUUUUUCACACCGGUGCCAGCUGUAAUGUUUACGAAGAAGCAGGAUCAGAAGGCUUUGUGCUGCUUUCAUGGACCUCUGCAGGCCAGCUCUGUGAAAGAUAUCAAGCAGAAAGGACACUGGCAUUGCUAUGCAUGCACACAUUUUAAAUGGGACUGCCCCCUUCUGUAUGACAUGAAAUUACUCAUGUUAGCAGGUUAGUUCAUGCUUCUGCUUCUGCUCUAUGUGUGAUUAUUUGUAACUGUCAAACACCAUCUCUCUCCCUUUAGAUCAUAUAGUGUAAAUAACAAAGAGAACAUUUUAAAAUGCAUCAUUCUAGAUGGCUGAUAAAAAAGGAGAGGAAUCAGGAGUUUUUAGCAUGGCACGGCUUGGGGACAGAGCUACAUUUUUCAGCAAUCUGUCUCCAGAACAAAUAAAAUUCUUUAAAAAACCUCUGA